CUUCGACUGUCGACCCUGUCUGUCUCUAUGCGGAAGGCCUUCAGCACCGACAGCUAUAGCUCUGGGCUUUAUGCUGGAACGUGACUGCCGGUGCUGUCCACCUGCGAGUCAGGCAGCCUUCAAAAUGUGAUUCAGAAUUUCAGAUAAGCGGAACCCGGAUGUUCCUUCAUCCCCUGAUCGGCUGAAAUUGAGUGGAACCCGGGGGGAUAAAAGAAUUCGCAUGUUUUCUUGACCUUGCACUACACGGAGAGACAUGACUGCUACGCCCACGAACGACGACCCGUUCCACGAACGACUGCGGUCCAGGUCGCCGCACUGCGUGCCUGGCGCGAUGCCCCUGGGACUCGGUGUGGUCGACGAGCACGAGGAGUUUGGGUACGACGUGGACGCGGAGGUGGAAGCCGAAAUACGGCGGAGGCGAGAGCGAGAAGCGCUGGACGCGCAAUUCAUCGACCUGGCCCGGAUCUUGCCCACCCUGUCACACACGCACCGCUUGACGAAAUCGCUCAUUUUGACGGAGGCUAUUGCGCACACCCGCAAACAGCGCACGCAGCGGCUCGCGGCCGCCGCGCAGAUCCGCGGUCUGCUCGCGUCGCAGGAUGCGCUCGUCAAGGAGGUGCAGGCGCUGCGCGCACAGCUGGCAUCCUCCUCGCCAAACUCGCCCGCGGAGACCGACACGGCUCUGAUCGAGGGCGAAGCGGCCGUGCCACGGUCGGACUCGCCGCCGAUCCCUACCAGCCUUCCGAUAGCGCUGAAUCCGGAGGCGCAGCAGGUCCUGUUCGUCGAGCAGGAGGUGUUCAGCAUCUUCCCCCCGGGCACGACGCUGGAGGACUCGGACGACUUGGACGAGCGACAUGGGCGUGUGCCGUAUCGGGACAGGAACCUCAGCCGUCCGCGCAGGAGGAUCAGCUCGCGCUCGAUCAGCAGUGUGCGCACGAGCCACACUCGCCGGUCGUCGCAAUCUCCAGCCCCGUAUGCGCAUUCGCCGCGAUCGGCUGAUGUCGCGUGGGGCGUUUCUCCACAGAUGCAAGCAGCGGCAUUCGCACAUCAACCCCUGAUGGAUACUCUCAUCCACGACAUGGACCUGCUCGCGUCACUCAGCCCGAAUGCAGACGUGCUCGCGGACUACCCGGGGCUCUUCGACGCUGCUCUGUCGCCGAUGAGCGAAGGCUCGUCGCAGGGCUCGGGCGAUGAUGAUCCCCUGACGUCGCUCAGGAUCCACCCGGGACUGCGCAGUUCUGCGUCAUACCCGGGUCAGCAAGGGAUUGACCUGGGCCUGGACUUUGGUUCUUUCGGCGGUGCCGCUGUCGGGGGAACGCCGGCUUCCCUGGAUACUUGGUAUUCUCGGUUCCAGUCUCAGCCCAGUCGCCCCCCGCUGGUCAACGUGGGCACUCAUGGCGGCUUCAUCUGAAGCCGGGUCAGGUAGCAAUAUCUGCCCUACCAUCGCCGUUCAACAUGCCAUGUCUUGGUUCUCUGGGGUCAAUCUGCUUUAUAUAUCGGUGUAAUCUACGCGCUUCUGCCAAUCUAUAUGAAGUGUCCGCAUCA